ACUGGCAAAUCACAAAUCUCUUCGAGGCAAGAGGCACAACAGAUCGCUUUGGGAUUCUCUCCAGCCACUCUUCAUUGUUCAAAUCUCUGGGACAGCCAUGGCAACAGUACCUGAGCUCGCCAGUGAGAUGAUGGCUUACCACAGUGGCAAUGAGAAUGACCUGUUCUUUGAGGCCGACGGUCCCAAAUACACGAAGAGCUGCUUCCAGGACCUGGACCUCUGCUGUCCAGAUGAGGGCAUCCAGCUGCGCGUCUCCUGCCAACCCUACAACAAGAGUUUCCGGCAGGUCUUGUCAGUCAUUGUGGCUCUGGAGAAGCUGAGAAAGAAAGCAGUUCCCUGCCCACAGGCCUUCCGGGAUGACGGCCUGAGAACUUUCUUUUCCUUAAUCUUUGAAGAAGAACCCAUCCUCUGCAAUACAUGGGAUGACGACAGUCUUGAGUGUGAUGCAGUACGAUCACUGCACUGCAGGCUCCAGGAUGCACAACAGAAAUCCCUGGUGUUGUCUGGCACGUAUGAGCUGAAAGCUCUCCACCUCAAUGCAGAGAAUCUGAACCAACAAGUGGUGUUCUCCAUGAGCUUUGUGCAAGGAGAAGAAAGUAACUACAAGAUACCUGUGGCCUUAGGCCUCAGGGGGAAGAAUCUGUACCUGUCCUGCGUGAUGAAAGACGAUAAACCUACCCUGCAGCUGGAGAGUGUAGACCCCAACCGUUACCCAAAGAAGAAGAUGGAAAAACGAUUUGUCUUCAACAAGAUAGAAAUCAAGGACAAGCUGGAAUUUGAGUCUGCCCAGUUCCCCAACUGGUACAUCAGCACCUCUCAGGCAGAGUACAUGCCUGUCUUCCUGGGAAACAACAGUGGCGGCCAAGACCUAAUUGACUUCAGCAUGGAGUUCGUGUCUUCCUAAAGCAAGCCUUACAAGGAGGGUCCGCGGUGAUGAAUGUAUUCACCCCUGCGGCUGGCAGACGGGAAACAGAUUGUGACACCCCACUGCCUUCCCUUGGGAAAAUUAAGAAGAGCUCUUUCCCACCAGCUGGGAGGAGCGGCUCUCCUCCCAGGGCCACUCCUCCGAGCCUUGCACACCUCUGCCAUUCACGCAAGGCCAGCCUGACAGUUCAAAGAAGCACUCUGUCCUUGGUACCCGGCUUCUAUAAGCAACCACUAAAUUAUCUAUUUAUGUAUUUAUUGAUAGGGUGGUCUAUUUAAUCCAAGGAGACCAGAGGCAGCAGCAUCUUCAGUAUUUAUGGAAUAAACUUAAUCUGAACUGG